AACUCCCUUAGCGACCGUGUACCACGUGGCUAGUAACGUAAACAUUUUGCAAGCGAAGUUAGCAGGAGAGAACUGAGGCAAAAAGCUUCAUUAAAACCCCUGUUUUUCACCUGGCUGUUAUCCAGCCGCCGGGAUGUGAAGACCAUGGCAACAAUUAGUCGCAAAUCUUCGACGUUUUCCGUAAGCGGAGCAUCAUCAUGUGGAGAAAAGUCCGACUACAACUUCGAGGCGGAGAGCUGUUCCAGUCCGCUGAGCUGAAAAAUGGGCGCAAGCGCUUCACUGUCACUCUGUAGCGACACAUCUUCAGUGAGAAUCUUGAGGCCCGGCGCUAAGGUCUGCCCGGAACAGACCGUUCCUGUUCCCGAUGUGCCACCUGGGUGUGUAUUCGGUGUUGCUUUGGAAAAACUAAAAGAUGACGGGCAGAUGGUCUUCGGGAUACCUCUUGUUUUAAGAGACAUGGUGGACUUCUUGGAUAAGAAUGGACUGCACCACAGGGGCCUGUUUCGCCUGUGCGGGUCCGUGGCACGAACCAGGCAACUGAGGGAGCGGUGGGACCGGGGAGAGGUGGUGGACCUGGAGCAAGAGGGGGACGUCCCCACCGUUGCCUCUCUGCUGAAGCUCUUCCUGCGGGAACUGCCUACUCCUUUGGUUCCUGAGCCGCAGCGCAAACUGCUGGUUCUGAGCUUAACAGGACAUGCACAUGAGGCAGAGCUGAACCAAAGACUGAGAGAAUCCCUUUGCCACCUGCCCGAUUCCAGCCUCAUCAUUCUGUCUUACCUCAUCCACUUUCUGUCCAGAGUGGCCUCUCAGAGUCAGUCCAACCACAUGCCUGUGGAAAAUGUCGCUACCAUCUUUGGACCCUGUAUAUUUCAUGUUCCAGCAGGGCCCAGGAUGCUGGAGGAGCAGAGUGUGUGUAACGCCCUGCUGCUCCACCUCCUCAGACAUCGGGCAGUUCUCCUUCCAGUCAAAGAAGAGGUCCUAUUGGCUCCAUCCCCUGCGUCUCCCUCGCCUCCUCCUCCUGCUCUCUCCCAGUUUCAGGUCAAACCCAACAGGUGUGAGUCAGCGCGGAACAGCAUGGGGAGGUUGGAGGAAGAGAUCGCUUCAAUUUCUGGGAACUUUGCUUCUGAACUAGCCUUGGAGAUGCAAUCAAAACUCAACAGUUGUGACACACUGGUGCCAGCUUGUGAAACCAGCUCUGACGUCAGCGCUGACAUUCAAGCGCUGACGGCCAACCAGGAGGUUCUCCAGGAGGACAGCAUCGUCGCCGAAGCAGGCAACUUGCUCUCCAACCACGCUGACCUGGUGCCUGCGCAGCGGCCGCACAGUCCUCAGUUUCAAAGCGCACGGGAGGAGCCUUUUGAAACAGAGCCCGCCGUGCAAUGGACAUCUUUGCAGACAGCCCAACCCAACAGCGGAUCAAAGCUGGAACAGGAGGAAGAAGUAGAGAAGGGGUCUGCAUUGGACAAAGACAACUUCCCUUGCUCAUCUCCAGAUGUUGCUGCCAGCGCAGGACAGAGUUCAUCUAAUUCAGACGGCUGUGUAAGGAAUGACUCACCAAGCAAAGCCAAAACACAGAGUCAGCUCACAGAGAGACUACUGUGCUGCAUAACGUACAAGACAGAAGAGGACAUGACGCCGUCGCAGUACAAGAGGAGACGAGGAGGAGAAUGAUACCACGGUUCCUUUGACACACAUAAUGACUGCAGAUGCACAAACAGCAGCUAUGACAGCCCUUCCCUCAAGCUCCAAGCCCUGGAGGCUGACUCCAGACCCUCGUCGGACUCAUUAGACCCCCGGGCUCAGGAUGACACGCCUGCUCCGCAGCAGCCUUUUUCCUCUGAAGCACAUCGGUUUGUCCGAAAACUGCCUCUGUCACCACCUCAGCAUCGGCACACAGUUGACUCAUCGCAAGCAGUGCAUAACUCCUCUCCAUCUCUAUCAGAGCCCGGCUCCGCUCCGUCCACCGCCUCCGGUUCAGAAGGACCUACGGGGGAAGACAGCCUGCUGAGCCCGCCGCGCCCUCUCUCCAGCCUGCUGUUGUCUCGUUUUACUCCGGGGGACUGCCCGGUUCCCUCGCCGCGCUGUCCGAGCCUCAGCCACAGCCUACGCUACAACCCCGACCCCGACGCCGCCCCGUCGCCACCCCGCUCGCAGCACAUACGCAUGGCUCGCUGCAGCGUCCCUACAGAGCAAGAAGAAAGUUCUGCGUCCAUCUCGGUGCUCAACAGACACAUCCACACGCUCAGAAAGAAGAUCAGGCGAUUUGAGGAGCAUUUUGAACAAGAGAGGCACUACAAGCCAGCCCACAAUGACAAGACUUCUCAUCCAGAAGUGGCCAAACUGAUGAAGGACCUGAUCAAGAGCCGCAAGCAGCUAAAAGAAAUAAAGCUCAAACAGAGUGGGGAGUCAGAAGUGAAGGGACUCGGAGGUCUCAGUCCCACAGGCGAGACCUGCUGGACUAACAUAGACCAGCGGGAGGCGGGGCCGACGGGAACUGAGCUCCAACCAAUCAACAAUAACAGCAACACCAAGCCAAAUCUGGAGGAGACGGUCAACCUCAUAAGCAACCGACUGAGGGAAAGGAGGAGUGAGCUGGGUUUGCCUGACAGCAUUAAGGAGAUGUCCCAUUUCCAGAUGAGCAUGGAGAAGACCUGCAUGCAGAAGUGUUUGCUGUACUUUGAGGGUCUGCAUGGACGCCCAAUCACCAGGCAGGAACGGACCCUGAUGAAACCGCUCUACGACCGGUACCGUCUCCUAAAGCAGCUGCUUGCUUCUGCCUCCACAGCAGCCAUUACAACCAUUGAGGAAGAGGAGGAUUCUGAUGAAGAGCACUUUAAACAGCAGAAUCCCAGACAGCAGCCGCUUUGGUUAAAAACAGCCGGGUGCAGGUCUUCAGAAGAGUCCCAGUUUCCAUCUUCGGUGGAAAUGUGUGAAACUCCUCUGGUGUCGCCGCUGGAUGAGGGGAAGACUUUCCAGACGCAGAUCAUCACUAUGGCAACACUACAUGAAGCAUCCAGACAAGAACUGCUGGAUCAUCUGCGGAUGGUCCGAUUAGAGAAACGAAGGCUUCACCUAGCCCUCCAAGAGUUUGAAGACCGUUUCUACGCACAGACCGGCAGGGUCUGUCAGAAGGAGGACCGUGGACCAAUGGCGGAGGAGUACUGCCAGUACAAGAACCUCAAGGCGAAGCUCCGUCUACUGGAAGCUCUGCUCAGUAAACAAGACUCAACCACAGCAAGUUGAGUUACUCACAGUGGGACUUUAUUUCUUUUAUUUAUCUCAACACAACUUGAUCCGUUUUUUUUUUUUUUUUUUUUUUUUUUUUUGGAGAAACAUGUUUGAUGCUGAUGGGUGUCGUUUCAUUCCAUGCUCAUAAUGUAAAUGCACUUUACAUGAGGAAAACUGAAUAGUGAAGUCAUUGACACUGAAUCAAUACUGGGGGGGGGGGGGGCAUAUCGCUUGUCCCUGUUAAUUAGGACAUUUUCACCCUGUUGUAGCCAUUUAGCACGGUUACCAUGUCAACAGUGAAGCAGCCUCGGUUACAUUCAGCUAAUUUAGGAAUACUUCAUGUAUAUUAUGGCACUUCGCUACUCACUUGUUUUUUUUUUUUUUUUCUUC